AUGAGUUUCGGCGCGCCGUACUACAAGUCGGCCGACUAUCAGACGCAGUACCCCGCGUACCUGAGAUCCGUAGCUCCACCGCCUGUCAUCGUUGACGUCCGAAACGAGUUGCAUCCGAAACCGUUUCGGACCCGCAAUGGACGGAAGACAAUUGAGAGAUCGGGAAAAAGCUCGAAUACCAUUGCCGAUCGUUCCGUAGUUACCGACGACCAUACGACUCCAAAACGGAAAUCCGUCACCCGUAAGAAACGAUCGAAACGGCGGUCCCGGGUAAAUACUAACGCUGCGUGUGAUGCAGAAACUCCGUGCGGCGACGACGUUUGCGCCCUGGUUCCGUCCAUAGACAACGACGACUACGACGUCGAAGUCAGUCCAGUUGAGAUUCACGCUGUUGACGAGACGUCGUGUGAUAACGACCACGCACACGUUUCCUGCCCUCCUUCUCCUACCCCUGAUAUUUCUCCUCCAGCCGUCAAUGUUUAUUCCAUCACCUCUAAUAUUGCACUUCCGACAACUAAUAUUUAUUCUACUUCCCCUAAUAUUUCUCUUCCGGCCCCUAAUAUUACUCCUCCAACCCCUAUUAUUUCACCCUUGACCCUUAAUAUUACUUCUCCGGCCACUAGUAUUCCUUCUCGUUUGCUCACCGCAGAAAAUUCGCCCACAUACAACGACACCCCACUUUCGCCAUCGACCGUCAAACGUGAGCACAAAGAAUUUACCAUAACCAAUACACCCAGUUAUCCACCACCACCGCCGCCGCCCCCGCCACCACAAACACCAUUGAUUAAUUUACCGCAAUCAUUGCAAAAAUCAUCAUACGCACCACCAGUGCCAUUACCUCCUCCGUCGCCACCAGAGGACACCCACAGGAUAUCUGCUGGCAACGAUAGCGACAGCCAAAUCGGUCCGUUGGAAAUGUGCAAACGAACGGCCAAGCGAUUUGAAAUGGAGUGCCGUCGCCGUCGUCGGUUGAGCACCAUCAACGAAAAAAAGACCCAGGCCAAAAGUAUCGCCGAACAGGCCAGAGAUGUCGCGUACAUUAUGGCAGCGAAACGCAGUUGGUCGCAAGAUACCAACGACCGUCUAAAAGCGCAGACCGCGGAAGACAACUUAAUCGCCAGACGGGGCUCCGAGUACGCGGAAAUGGAACUACUGGGACUGGGAAAGUGCGGUGACGGUGGCUGUUGGAUGCCCAACUCGAGCAACCGACUCAAGAAUAAAUUGCUGGUGCAUUUUAAAUGA